UUCAAAAACUCUUUUUUAUUUUUAAUAAGACAAAUAAUCACCUCAAAUCAUGGCUGGUUUUGGUAUUCUAAGAAUUAGUUUCAUUCCUUAUCAAAUUCUCGAGGAAAAAGGAGGAAUUCAGAAAGAUGUAUUCGACGCUCAAAAACAACCGCAACUUGAUGGACUACCACCAGGUGGCGCUGAUACAACACUUUCUACGGACGUCACGUCAUCACUGAGCUUAAUUAAAGCCAAAUUCCUAAACCACCUGACCAGAAAAAUUUACCAGCAUACCGUAUCACUACUUUAUCGGGACACUUUCGAAGCACAUGUUAUGGAUAGUAUCAGCAAAAUUGCCGCAAAAAAUGGAGCCGUAGCACCAAUGUGAUAUAAUUGUUAUGAGGUUCUUUAUUUAAGAC